AGAAUUUAUUUAAAUGUAAACUUCAAUGGUAACAUUACAUAAAGUAUACGUGUCCACUCACGCGAGUCAUAAGGAUAAUUACGUUGCGUGCGGCGAUAGUCGAUUGUGACAAUAGAAAGACGAGAAUUUACGGCAUUACGAAAGGUUGAUGACAGUAAGUAUCAAUUCGUGGUAUCGUUUGUCGCGUCCAGUCAACGGCGACAUGAUCGGCCACGAGAAUGACAACACAUCGCGUUCGUUCGGACAGUUCUUUUACAGCUUUCGUAAGCGGGCAGAAGUAUACAACCUGUUCUUUAAUCAGAGAAAGUCGCCGUUUCCUAGUCCGGCGACGACAAAACCUCUUAGGAUGACCGAUCCGCGAGGGAGGGAUGGAAUAAAAACUCGCACCGCGCAUUUAAGGAAGGGCUCGCGAUUGCAUAAUCUCUUAACACGUUCAAUAUUACGUGACUUUAGAUGGGUGCGGAAUACUUUAUGAACGAUGUAAUACUUUAAUUGAAUGACAAUGCGAGCAACACGAAUAUACCAUUUUAUUUAAUAACAUUUAGUUCUUAAAAAUUCAAGCGUAAAAAAUAAAAAAUUGAGGUCGCACUCAUUUUCAUAAACUUUGUUACGUUAUGAAUUAAUGUAGUAAUAUGAUUAAAACGUAGCUGAAUGAAAUCGAUUAUUACGGUCGCGACGUCGAAUAUUGCAUAUGAAGCAAAGAUUUCAUGGCAUUAUAUUGUAAUAUUACUACAUAUUUUUAUUCAGUUAGAGAAUUAAUUCGUUGUGAUAUUACUUGUUAAUAUUAAUUUUUAGUAAUAACACGAAUUAUUGAUUUUUUGGGGGAAAUUAUGUAAUAGAUUUUAAUUAGUUUUAUUCCAAAUGUUUACAUAGAAAAUACCAAGGAAAAUACUUUUGAAAUAUAACACUUGUUCUCUAACGAACCUAUUAACUUUUUCGAUUAAUUAAAUUCUUAUUAAUUAAACUUAUUAUUUAAAAAGAGAGAUUAUUUUCUUAUUAGGUUACCCAUUUAUACAGAAUGAUAUUGUAGAAAAAAUUUAGUAAUAAAUUUCUUUGAAUUUCUGUUAAAAUCUCAUGCUGCUACAAUUUUCAAUGUACUUUUGUACUUUCGUUUCGCGAAAGUGAACAGUCACAAUAUAACAGUGACGGUUCGUCAAUAUUUUUUGCUUUAUUCUUUGCUGUCGCGUGAAAGUAUAAAAUUUUUAUUUCUUAUACAACAGAAUUAUAAGAAGACAUUUUCUUUCUUUUAUCAUAUUUAGCUUAGCAAAAUUUAGCCAAGUUUGUGAUAUUUUAUCUCACAACUUUGUUACGUUAUUUGAAUAUUUCUCAUAUUAUUUUGUAGUAUUCUAAUUUUUCAUUUGUCCUACGUACGUGCAUUCUUCGUUUGAAAAAUAACCGCAGAGAUAAAUCACGAUACUCUUUCGCGUAAUCGUAUGUCGUUUAACGAUCCUUUAGAUGGGAGUGGUCUUGCAGAGUUGUUAGUCGGGAUGCUAGUUGUACGUGCGCGCAUACCGGUGGAUCUAGAAUUCACCAUAAAUUUAGCAAACGACUUGUAUGAGAAAUCCAGUAUAAAAGAAGUGUCAACCCUUUGAGCACUAUCAGUUAGUGCGUACCACUCUUAACAUGAAGCUGCUGCUUUUGUUCUCGUUGAUCAUUCUUGUCUCCGGAGACGAAAGUCUCGUCGCCGAAACAGCUGACGGCAAUGACGUAUCGUCGCAAGUGACCACUGUUCUUCAGGCUCAACCGAGCGCUCGGGAAAUCAUAGGAGAAAAGAAACUAGGAAAAAGAAGCUACAGUUUGCUUCCCGUGCCUUACGUACGCACUUACACAUCCGCGUUGCCGUGGUAUCGAUUGGGCGGUUUGAGUAGCUACGGAUUGCACGGCUAUGGUUUGUAUCCGAGCUGGCCGUUGUUGUACGGUGGUUGGUAUAAAGGGUGGUAAAUUCCAAGAUUGAAGUGUGCGACUGUCGCUGGGCAAGAAGCGGCGUGUGACGAGGCACAUAUCUACAUUUAUUAUAUUUUAAAUUUAGAUUCCAUAGCAAUUGUCAACGGAUAUUACGGAGAUUUUAUAUUCUUGGUGCCAAUUAGUUGUAAUCAUGUGUUAAUUGUAUCUUGAUAGCACACUCGAUCACUUACACAUAAGAAAUGGAAGCAUUAUAA